AUGGCCCUCAAGAUCCUGAACCUCAAAUACUCGGCCGAGCAGACGCAGCAGGCACUUCACCAGUCGGUCUUCAUGUCGUCCAUGUCAGCCCACCCUUUCCGGGACCUUCCCCUUGGCCGGGAGCAGCACUGCAAGCUACUUCCAGGCGUGGCUGACAUCCAGGCCAGUCAAGUGGCCCAAUGGACCGUGGAGGAGGUGGCUGAGUUUGUACAGUCUCUUCUGGGCUGCGAAGAGCAUGCCAGAUGCUUCAAGAAAGAGCAGAUCGAUGGCAAAGCCUUCCUUCUUCUGACACAGAAGGACAUUGUCAAAGUGAUGAAGAUCAAGCUGGGUCCAGCACUGAAGAUUUACAAUUCUAUUUUGAUGUUUAGGAAUUCCCAAGACCUCACUGAAGAAGAUACUGUCUCAGGCCAAGAAGUCAGGGGAUAACUGUGCCCCUGAACUUCCACUGGCACCAGGCCCUGUGCUCUUUCAGCAAUAAGAUGGCACACAUUAAUUUGAUUUUAAUGUCCCUGUGGUCAUAUCUGUAUUUAAACUGGACCUUUUGAAGUGUCUGCAGUUUAGAAGAUUUUGAGGACUGAUCAAGUGCCAAUGACUCAGAGGCUUAAGCACACAUUUGGGUUCAUGAAUCAUUAUCUAGUGGGAUCCUUUCAGCUCUGAUGUGUUGCAACAAACAGACCAAAGAAGCCUACAUAGACACUUUUAUUCUUGUCCCUCAAAAAGAAACCAUUUCCCAUUUUGCAAGCAUAAAACUCUCAAGCGGUAAAAUAUUAGAAAAACAGUAUUCAUAAAUACAUUGUUCACAAUUCCAACAGAACAACAUCUACGCUUGGCUCAGAUCUGCUAUCCGGGUUCAGUGAGUCUGAGAUGGAGGCCUGGUGCUGUAAAAAGACUCCAUGGGAGAUUUUUUGUGUACUUUACUCAGGAAAGUGUGAAUCUUUUUAAAAAAAUGAUAAUAACGGGUCGACCCCGUGGC